AUGAAGGCCGCCAUCACCCUCGUCCUCGCGGCCGUCCUCGGCGCCGUCGCCUCGCCCGUCGACCAUGUCAUCCACCGCCGCUUCAGCUGCGCGGAACGCCUCAACGGCUACUGCCACGCCCCCAACGUCGACUCGUACUGCAACGGUCGCGACUUUCACUCCAAGGCCUCCCAGACCUGCGGCGGUAAAUGCUGGUGUUAA